CUAGAGAAUUUUUGAGUGAAAUGAUAGAACUGUAUAGAAGUUUUCCGUGUUUGUGGAAAGUGAAAAGCCACGAAUAUUCAAAUAGGAAUAAAAAAAAAAAAAAUGAGGCUCACGUGGAACUCGUGAAAAAAUUCAGAGAAAAUACCGAAUGCAGAUCGAGAUAUGAUAGUGAAAAAGAUAAAUGCUAUGCGCAGUGCAGUGCGGAAGAACAAAAAGUUGAGCAAUAAAAAAAUCUGGCUCAGGAGAAGAUAAGAUCUACAAACCAUGUUUGUGGUAUUUUCAUUCAUUUGAUUUCUUGAUAGACCAAGAUGUUCCUCGUGCUACUUGCAGCUCGUUGGAUGAAACUACAUUUGUUGAGGACAGCAAUGAAACAGGUGAGGACUCGAGUUGGGCAUGGACCACUCUCCAGACUGCACCACCAACACCUACCCCGUCUUCAGUGCCAACUCCCAACCCGUUUCCAGUGCCAACUCCUAGCCCGUCUCCAGUGCCAACUCCUAGCCCGUCUCCAGUGCCAACUCCCGGCCUUCUUCAGGCCCAACUCCCACCCCAUCUUCAGGCCCAACUCCCGGCCCGUCUUAAGGGCCAACUUCCCAGCCUGUCUUCAGGCCAAACUGAACGUGAGUUUCAGGAAACUCAGCCUCAAAAGCGACGGAAGAAAGCAGACCAAAAGGGUGUUCUAGAUCUGCUUCUUAAGCAGAUUGCCUCGAAAGAGGAAGCUAGUAGAGAGUUCACUCAUUAUGCAAAAGUAUGGGCGCAAGAGUUAGCAAAACUGGACCCAACACAGGCCGAUGAAUGUUGUCGCAUAGUUAGCGAUGCCAUUUACAAGGGCAAGCGAGUGCUCCUUGGGCCAAAUACAAUAAUUUCACAACGAGUAACUGACGUUCUGCAAAUUGUUGAGUGCUCUGCAGGCAACCAACAAGAGGACCUAGCAACUUAUUUUUCUAACUUUCAAGGUUCACAAUUUCAUAAUUAAUGCAUUAAUUGUAAACACAUAAACAUAUUGAUUAAAUUUCAAGUAAUUGAAGCAGUAUUUCUUACCUUCAUAUAAUCCUUAGCAAGCACUCUAUAGAUAGCGACACAGGUCUCGGGUAUGAUGACUCCUAAAGCUUGGGGAGAGAUUGAAGUGGAAAACUUUAAGUCCUCAUAUGAUCUCCAAGUUGCUAAAAAAACGAAGGGUCGCUGUAAGCCUCUCAUGGGGUGAAAUUGCUUUUCGCAUGACGGUAUCUUGUCUUUUAAUUAAUGGAGUCAAUAGUGAUAACAAUUCUGAGUAGGUUUGCUCAUCCAUUCGCAAGUAAUUGAAAUAAUCGACAGGUUCCAAACGAAGUUCAUUUAACAAUCCUUCAUGGGAUAAGCUAUCCCUCCUCAAAAGCCAUGGCUUGCACCAUCUUGAUUUUUUUUUUUCCUUUUUCUUUGUAAUGUAAGUGCCAGCGCUACAUUUACUAAAUCGUCAGAUGAAAAACAAUCAGAGAGAGACAUCUUUCGAAUUCAAAAUGAUGAGAAAAACUGAGCCAAAGAAUGUAACGUGAGUGGCCUACCCACUCGGGUAUAGGUUUGCGCAGUUGACCAUACCAUAACCCUACCAUUGCUAAACACUAUUGCGUGAAUGGGGGGCUUAACAGUGGAUCCAUAACCUAAUAAAAUGCAUGGUAACAAUAAUAAUCAUUCACCCAAUCAAUGUAGCAGUCAAGUAUAACAAACAGUACCUGUGUACUAAUGAAAUAAACCACAAUCAUAGCUUCUUGACACUAUGAUGAUGAAACUACUCUAACUAUGCCAUGAGACAAAACCUAUUUUAAUGUAAAUGAUGAACAAACACAGCACAGGGAAAUAAACGGAGGUGCAGGGGUACAAGGAUUGAGUUGACACACCUCACUGCAGAGCACCUCAGCGUUUCCACCCUCAUUUAUACAGCUCAAAGUAAAAACUCGAUCAUCAAAACACGAAAUGGUAAGAUGUUUUCAACGAAAAUGAUAUUCAAAUCAAAAUAAUAGAAACUGAAAUUAAAAUAACUCACCUGGGGCGCCUGGUGUUGUCUUGAUCUCCCGCUAGAAUCACGAUGGUCUUGAGAAAGCAAUGCAAGUAUAGUAUUUUAUUUACUACAUUGUUCUAUUCAGAGUUUAAAAACUACAAUGUGUAUUCUAUUUAUUACAAAAAAUUGAUAAUUUGUAGGAAAAAAAUCGAUUCUCAUGGGAAAGGGAGGCCUCUCGGCUACUCACGUUCCCCAGGCUAUUCCAAUACGAUUCCAUCGCCAAUCUUGGCGAAGCAAAGUCUAGCGAGGUCUGUCACUGGUUUUAACCAUAGCUCUCAUUUUCUAAAGAAAUUUCCUCAGACAAGGAAAUCUGAGCCCAUCUGAGGAAAAAUCUAAGGAAGUGGCAUUUUUAAGGAAAAUCUGAGGAAAUCGAAUGCAAAGUAGAUGGAUUUUCCGAGGAAAUUAGGCUGGUUUAAGGAAAAUUAAUAUCACCAUACAAAUAGGCCUACACAAGCAAUGCCAUGAUGAAAAUAACUAAUGAAUAUAAAAGGCAGGCUGAUGUUUCAAAAAUCCCGCCAAGUCCCACUGAUGAGCACAACAUCUAGUAUCGUAUGAACGAGACCUCUCCCGCCUUAUUUGUAUGUAAACAAACAUCGGACCGACAGGGAACAAUACGAGAAUUUUUUAAUUCCUCACUUCAAAGGCAAGUGCUACAUUGGUGCCUAUUGAAGAUGUUCAGCUGCUGCUGAGGUGGUGAGACUCAGAGAUGAGGUAAAUAUCCAGGGCCCAUGUACACAAAACUUUUUUGUUACCCUUAACAAUCUCUGCUAGCUAACAAAAAAUCACUAAAAGUAAUGCACCAAUGCUUAACUAGCAAAUGUUAGCUAGUAAACAGUUGUUUGUCAAGUCCCGCUAAACAAUGCUGAAGUUAGCAGCUUAUGAACAUGUAAAUGGGCAUAUUAUUAAAAAUUGCACACAUAAAACAGUGUUAUUAAUGCAUUGUUCAAAAUUUAUUAAUAUAGUAUCAUGAUAGCACAUAAAUAGCGUACGAGUAUGUAUGUUUUUUUUAGGAGUACUUAUUAACCAACGACAGAUAUUUUUGGACGAAAGCGCAUCGCACCGUAUGUUUGUAAACAGUGUACAGGCAGCCGCGCCACAGACAAAUCUUCCUACAGAAGACUCAACAAAUACUUCAGAGGAUAUAGACUUGGCAGAACCACAGAAAAAGAAAAGGAAGCCAAACUGGUCACAAGAGGAAACACUCCUCUUGGUCAACGUGAUUAUGGAGAAAAAAUUGAUUAUAAAUGGGCGAUUUAAACCAAGUUUAAGCCACAAGGACAAGAGGGAGGCAUGGCAAAGCAUAACUGAUGCCAUUAAUGGAACAAAUCCACUGACUAAGCGGACUGUAGAAGUUGAAACCAAAUGGUUUUCUGUCCUCUCAAAAUCGAGGAAGAAAAUUUCGGCAAUAAAGGCUGAAUAUAACCAAUCAGGUGCUGGUGGCCCCCAAGCUCCUCCACUUGACCCAGUAGACAUGAAAGUUGAGGAAUUAUUAGGGGAGAAGAAUGCAACUGUGAUAGGUGUGAUUCAGAAUGAUCUCGGCUUUCAUACGUUGAGGAAGCUGCAGACCCAACGGCAGGAAGACACUGAAAAGUUGGGAGAAGAACCACCCCAGCAACAGGUAGAGGAUGAUAGUAAACUCCAUAAGCUUCAUUGGCAAAGUGUCCAAGUCCAGCCCCAACCACAACAAUCUUCGCACAAGGCCCAGCACUUAGAACUCUUGGAGGAUGGGUCCUUUAUAGAAUGCACCAUAACUGAACCUGAAACCUCUAAGGCCCAACCAAGCAUAUCAUCACCAAAACUAAGAAAGUGUUUAAGUGUCAGUGAUGAGUAUGAACAAUACAAAGCUGGAAAAAACGCAAAUUGAAACUUGAAAAGGAAAAGUAAAAAAAAUUGAAAAAAGGAAAGUAAAAUUGUUAGCAUUGAAGGGAAACAUUGAACUUAAACAGAAGUUAAUGAUGGCUGAAAUUGAAUACGAGUAUUACCAGUCUUUGACAGCAAAAAAUAUGAAAAAUUAAUAAGUGAAUUAUAGAGGCUUCAUUUUUGGUACAGUAGAAAUUUAUGCUGAGGAAAUAAAAAUAUAUUAUUCUAUUUAUUAAGAUUUUACAGUAUAUUGCAGUAUUAUUAACAAGAUUGAAUCUCAUGAAGAUUGUCCACCCCAGAGUACCCAACUGAAAAUUGUCCACCCGAGCCGCACUCUCAUGAAGAUUGUCCACCUCAGCUGCUCUCGGCAUCCAACACCAAAGUUUAGGUUAGGUUAGGUUAGGGAAUGGUCGGGUCAGCUGAAGAUUGUCCACCCCCAGUCUCGCUCUCAUGAAGAUUGUCCACCCUAACAUGCUUGGGGUGGACAAUCUUCAUGAGAUCCACAAGAUUAUAUACUGUAGCAUGUAUGUAAAGGAAAAAAAAUACAAAUUAUAUUAUUUUAUAAACUGUAUUUGUUUCAAUUCACUUUAUCUUUCACUUUUGACUAUAAGUGGAAAAAAAUUUGUUAGUAGAGAGAGAGCACUGCAACAGCAAUCACACCUUCAUGAUACCUCACUCAGCCACUGGUCUGCUGCAAUAUAAAUUAAUGUACAAAAAUUUAGUAGUUUAGAAAAUAAGACUGGCACCAAUCACAAAUAUUUAUGCACAGUACUGCCAGGAUUAGGAGGUAUCUCUGCUUCACCUGGCUCUUCUUCAUAUGCACCUACGUCCCCUUCAGCUGCAUUGUGGAACAGUUCAUCUUCCUCGUUGAUAGGCACUGGAAUGUUAAACUGCUUGCACAUGUUGUUGAGCAGAGCACAGACAUAGACGAUUUUGUAUGUCUUCUCUGUGGACAAUCGUACUUCACCAUGAAGUACAUGGAACCGUCGCUUGAGCUGGCCAAUCCCCCUCUCUACUACACAACGUGUCCUCUUGUGUGCUCUGCAAGAAUUGUUAACCAUCAUAAGGUGAGGUAUUGCAGUAUAUACAGUAGCAUCUAUAAGCUGCAUAGUGUUGAAGAGGAAAUCUGUACUGAAGAGGAAUUCUAUACUGUAUUGGUAUUUUGGUUGUUAUCACAUUAAAUUAAGUAAUGACUACUACCUAGACUGGAGAGGACAAUUCCUCCUUUAAAAUAAACUGUACUAUAUAGCAUAAGAAACAUGAUUUUAACUUACGUGUUAUAGUUUGUCUGAACGCCAGCCAGAGGGUUUAGAUAAGGCGUCAGCAACCACUCCUUGCAAGGAUAACCAGUCUCCUAGAAGGUAGCAUCCAGCUGGGACAAAAUUUUGUUCAAAAAGUGCCUUCAAGCCAGACUCGUCCAAUAUUCUGGCAUCAUGUACAGAGCCAGGCCACCGUGCCAAAACAUCAAGUAUCCUGUACUUGGCAUCGAAUACGACUUGCACGUUGAUGCUGUGGUAUCGUUUUCUAUUUACAUAUAAAUGUUCAUCGACACUGGGAGCCACAAUUCUAAUGUGCGUGCCAUCUAUGGUACCCACAACACCGGGAAACCUAUAGUCUUCCAUGAACUCUUCUUGUUUCACUUGCACUUCUUGGCGAGUCAAUGGGAAUUUUACAAAUUGAGUUACAAUGGUCUGACAGUGCAUCAAUUGUCUGAGUAAUGACACGGCUGAUUGUUGCUUGUGAGGUCCCAAAGUCGUCACUGCUGCACUGCUGCAUUUUAACUGUGGCCAAAUAUCUUAGGGUAAUUGCCACCUUCGUCUUAGGACUCAGUGGUUGAUUGCGUUCUGUACGGGAUUGAAGUUUGUCCCUCACUAAAUCAGCCACAGUUAUUAUACCAGCACAGUUCAUCCUGAAGCAUUUGAUGAGUUCGUCGUCACUGUACUCGUUGAAUACGUCCCGUCACUGUCGAUACACUCGCUGUCGUCUUUGAAGUUGUUGUUGUUGCUCCGCCAUCUUCUCUACUAACAGGAAUUUGUUAAGAGCUUAAUAGUCCUCCACAGCACUUUUACCUUAACAGUACUUUUAAGGCCCUAACAAGUUUUUUGUAUCCACUGUUAGUGCUUAACAGCUAAAUGUUUGCCUUAACAGGAAUUUGUUACCCUUAACAGCUAUUUGUUAGUGCUAACAAGUUUUGUGUAUACACAAAACUUUUCUGUUAGCCUUAAUAAUUUCUGCUAGCUAACAGAGAAAUGCUAACAGGUAUGCACAAAGUGGAACUUGGCAACUGUUAGCUAGCAAACAGCUGUUUGGUAAGAUUCCGCUCACUGGCGCUACAUUUAGCAUAUUCUCGACAUCGUCAUUUAUUUAUAUACAUUAAUCAGGUGAUUUCAAACUCAAUAUUGAUAUAAAAAAAAAAAAAGCAUUUUAGAUCAUUUUAAAUGUAUUUUGUCAUUAUAUUAAAGUAUUAUUUAUCUACAUAUGAGUAUUAAUAUAAAUGUGUGCCGUUCAAAGGAAGUAUGUGCUCAUAUGUAAACAAGACCCCGACAACAAUUUAAACUCCAUGGACCCAACUCCAAACAUUCAACAAAGGAGGAAGAGGAAACCAAACUGGUCAAGUGAUGAAACACUGCGCUUGGUUAACAUCAUGGCAGAAAAACGAUGUAUAAUAAAGGGACGGUUUCACCCUUCCCUGACCCAUGCAGAUAAGAAACGUGCAUGGGAAGACAUUACGAACUCUGUAAAUACGUGCAAUUUACAUGUGAAAUGAACUGAAGAAGUUGUAAACAAAUGGUUUACAGUGCUGUCCCACUCAUGGAAGAAGAUUGCUAAUAUCAACAAGGAGCAGAAUCAAUCAGGUAAGUUUCUAUUUGUUUAUUUAUUCUAUUUGUUUAUUUAUUCAAGGUUAGGUUAGGCUAAGAUAGCUGAAAGUACCAAAAAUAAUAAUAGGUAAGAUUAACAAAGGUGGUGCGAUAACCUAACCUACCCUAA